AUGAUAACGCCUAGUUUCAACUGGGAACUAUUGAACGGGACGUACUAUAGGUCGAGAAUUGUGGAAGAAAAGCUGCAAUGGCCUCGAUCGACGGACACCCAAAAAUACCAGUACGCUACGUCUAGUUGUUUGAUAGCGUUAGAGAAUGUCGAUUCCCUGGACGUGUACGACUACUCUGGACAUAUGAUCAGUUCCGUUAAAUGGGAGGUGCUUGGCCACGGCUUGCCACUGAAGUUCGAUUUCCAGGAUCCCCUAGGUUUGCAAUUGAUGGUGGUGUUUUCAGAGUGCCUCAAACUGGUAAAGAGCUGGGAUCCCCUCGAUAUGGAAACCAUCGAACUGGACAAUGAUGUACAAGACACGAUAUGGGACUACAAGUACUCGUUUGUUGUGCUGAAGGAAACACAGAGUAUUUGGCGGUGCAACUGGCAAAAGCAUGCCCUUGAGCUAGUUUUCGAUAACGCUGGGGCCAACUACAAAUUACUAACCAAGAAACAGUGGUGUCCUUAUAGAACUGCAAUUAUACUUCUCGAUGUGGAGUCCGUUUAUAUAUUGGAUUGCCAGAAUACAGGGAAACUGACCAAAUGGCCUCUUCUACACGAAUGGCACGACGUUAAGAUUUCAAAAAUGGGUAAAAUAUGUCUUUACAACUACAAACUUAAUAAGAUCCAAGUGUUCGGGAGCUCAAAUCACAAGGAACUACUAUGGGAAAACAACAUUGACGAAGAAACACCUCAAGAGAUUGUAUGGUGCGGAGAAGAGACUGUCAUGUGCUCCUUUGAGGACGAAGUGAGACUGCUCAGUUUUGGAAACCAGUACGUUACUUUUUGGUAUCCUAGUAGCAUUGUUACCAUAUUCCCAGUGGUAGAUGGCGUCAAAGUAAUUACUGAAGAUCAGCUUAUACUAAUCACAAAAGUGAACAAAUUUACGGAAAAUGUCUUUAAAAUUGGUUCCACGGAACCGGGAGCCCUUUUGCUGGACGCAUACAAUAUGUUAGAGGACAGUCCGCCAAAGUCAUUGGACAGACUAAAGCAUAUUGAUUUGAAAGAAGGUGUUGAAGAUUGCAUGGACGCUGCAGAGGACGAAUUUGAUUCACAAAUACAGAAACAAUUGCUGAACUCUGCUUCAUUCGGAAAAGGGUCACUUCCGUACAAAUCGUUUGAUGCCAAUCGUUUUGUCAAAACUUGCGAUAAGGUACGGUCAUUCAACAUACUGCAAAGCUUUGGUAUCUUUCUCUCUUUUGAAGAGUACAGUAAUUAUGGUAUCGAAAAUGUUGUUCGCAUUUUACUUUUACAGCAUAAGUAUGCGGAAAGUUUGAAAGUUGCCGAGCUUACAGAGCAGAUGGGGCUUUACGAGUUAAUCUUCGAAGAUUGGGCCUCCAAGAAAAUACGGCUAAACUCAGAUUUGGAGGAUGACCAAUUGCUAACUUCCAUUGAAACCCAAUUAAAGGAGUUACCAAAGGGAGUCCGUCCGUCAACGGCGAAGAUUGGGCAAGUCGCAUACGAUGAGGGGAUGUUCACACUUUGCAGAAAUUUGUCGCUUUUAGAGAGUAAACCCGAGUUGAAGCUCAUCGCUUUAUAUAGACUAGACGACGACAGUUUAGCGCUAAAGGAAAGUUUGAAAAUUGGAGACCCGGAGAUCACCCUCUCACUGCUGUUGCAGCUGAAAUCAAAACUGACUGUGUCACAAUUAGCAAAACUUCUAAUACUGGAUACCUCCCAUUACGAUGACCAACUAUACUGCUACUACAAUCGAAAUGAGUUAUCUUACCUCUUUGAUUUUUACAGACAAAGCGAUCAGUACGUGGAUCUAGCACAUUGCAUUUUGCAACAGGGGGAGGAACAGAAUGCCGUGAAGUCAGUUCUCCCGCAAGUGGCAGAGCUCUACAGUAAAAUGGGGAACCGACACCCUACCGCGAAACAGAAUACGGAAAUAAUUGCUAAUGAGAUGAAACUGCUAGCCUACCAGGAGUCCAUAUCUGGAACUUACAGCGUUGACUUUACCUCAAUGACACUCAACGAAACUUUGGCGAAACUCAUCGAGCUGAAACAGGGCAAACAAGUGGAAGAGAUGGUGAAAACUUUUAAAAUCAACGAAAAGAAGUACUACCAUAUCACCUGCAAAGUCUUGGUAGAGCAAAACCGAUUCGAGGAACUGUAUGAGUUUGCGACCUCCAAAAAAUCUCCCAUCGGGUACGGUAUCUUUUACCGGAGAGUCCGCGAUAAAAACCGUAAAAGAGAGGCUGCCAUGUACAUUGACCUGAUUUCAAACCUAACCCAAGAUCAACGACAGGUCAUGAUCCAAGAGUGCCAGUAG